UUUCUCUUGUUACUCCAACGCUAAGUGGUUUAGUACUUAUUUUCUGAAAUACAUGGACCACAGUCCUACUUACUACUCUAUCUGAACAUUGUUGCCUACCAUGUCCACUAAUAUCCAGGUUUUAACGGUUGGAUCCAAUCCAAACUUGUCGUUUUACGCCUGGCGUUUACAAGAAACAAACGCUUGCAGAGUGACCAUGGUCAACUCUGAAUUAAAUUCCAGAUACCCACUCGAGUUCACCUCCAACGCCCUUGGAUCUGCUAAGUUCCAACCUUACAACUUGGUCAACCAUCUCAACCAGUUGAAUCCGUCGGACAACUUUGACAUUGUGUUCCUCAGUUGUACCUCUUUACAGGACUUUCAGAUGGUUUCUAGUGAAUUGGUAUCAUUUAUACAUUCCAACUCCAUCAUAUUUAUCGAGAGUACCGGGUAUAUCAACCUAGAGCCAUUUUUGAAUUUGAGUUUCGGAGAUUCCUGGAACAAUUUGGUGAUUGCAUCGGUGAUGAAUGAAACCGAUGUCCGGAUGUUACCUUCUAGAGGUUCCAAUAGGUUUAUUCACAACAUUAGAAACAACGAUAACAGAAUCUACCUCGGGUCUUCCAUAGAGUAUAACUUCAACUUGAACAACCACGAGAACUUCAUGAAGACGUUCAAGUUAUUACAGUUGGUGACCGAAGACAGUGGGAACAAAUUGGCAUUGCUCAAGUCGGUGGUGCCCAAAGAGUUUAUGACCUACCAGUGGAAAUUGGCUCUUUCAAGAAUCGUCUUCAGUCCUUUGUUGGUGUUGUUUGAGAUCUCGUCGCCGGCAGAGUUAUCGAGUCAAAUCUUGUGCAAACCCUUAAUCACCGGGAUCUUGAAUGAGUUGCUUAAGAUAAUCAAAAAGAUGGACUGUAAGCUCGUCAAGGGCUACGAAAACGAGGCUAACUUAAUAAACUACUGGAGCUCGUUGUACACUUCUCAUGCCGGUGAUGUGAAGGUUGAGUACGUGAACAGUCCUAAUUUGUUCUACAACUACUACCACCAAUUCAACUUGGAAAUCGACUUGCUUCUUUUGCAGCCUAUCUUGUUGGGUGAUGAUAAUGGGGUAAGAACCCCUUACUUGGAGAACUUGUACUCCAUCAUUUGCCAGUUGAUCAAGAUCAACGACCCUGAACUGCCGUCCAUAUUUUUCCAGAGAAUUGGUCACACCAAUGGCCAUGGCCCUGGCAUGAAUGGGAAUGGUCUAGCUGCAAAGUACGAAGAAAGAGACCAGGUACAACAGGAAAUUGACGAAAGGUUGAACCAACUCAACCUCUUGACCAAGAACUGCGGUGAGUUGGAAAUCAGAUACAACAAUUUGGGAUCCGCCAUCAAGGAGAAGGAGAUAUUGAAAAACCAAUUGAGCAAUGAUGUGGAUUCCAAGCGGUCCAUGAUAAGCACGUUGACGGCCAAUUUGGACAAACAGCAAAGCAAGUUCGACGAGCACCAGUCGAACUAUAAUAGAUUGGUCAAAGACAUUGAAACCUUGUCCCUCGAGAGGGACGCCAAGAGACAACAGGCAGUGAAUAAGUCUCCCAUCAACGAUGCCAAUACCUCGAGUAGAUCUACCCAGGAUCCAAUUGACCAAUCCAACAUAAGCCACUCGACGGUUCAGACAACUACUCGAGGGUCACCAUCUAGGACCGCAUAUUCGAGCAUCCCCUUCAACAAGACCAAGGGAUCCACAAGAGACUCCGUCAUGACGGCUGACAAUUUGACCGACUUGACUGACAUUGCUGUGUACGGAGCAGCAUUAAACGGAGAGCAUUUUGAUCCAAAUAGCCCUAAUGGUUCCAAACAACCAACUCCUCGUCAAGGGUAUCAACCGGUUGAAAAGGAAGCCAACGGACUGAAGCAGUUCCAAGGUCACCAACAAAACUUCAACCAACCUCAACCAGUGGCCCCUGUGCCUGCUCUAGCCCAAUACCAAGGACAACCUGGACAAUCACAAGCGGUGUCAGCAUCUGGGCCACCACCCCAGCCAUACCAAAAUAUGUACAACAACAACAGUCCUCAAGGUGUACAUCCUCAAAUGAACAUGAAUAACAUUAAUAACAUGCAAAUGAACCAAAUGAACAUGAACCCCAUGCAAAUGAACCAAAUGAACAUGAACCCCAUGCAAAUGAACCAAAUGAACAUGAACCAAAUGAACCAAAUGAACCCCCGGUACGCACCAGGCUCUAAGAGUAGACUCAACUCUCUACAAUCCAACGGUUAUUAUGACAACGGGAUGGGUAUGAACCCCAUGCAAAUGCAAAUGAUGCAGAAUCAAAUGAACCAAAUGCAGAUGAUGCCCCAGCAGAUGUCCAACCAAAUGAUGCCCAACGCCAUGUCGAUGCAGCAGAUGUCAUACCAACAAAGACCUCGUGCUGCCAACCGGAGGUCAGGUUUCCCGGCGAUGGACAAUCCAGCCCUCAUUGAUAUGGGUGGCAGAGGAGGUAUGCCAAUGCCUGGAAACAAAGCGUCCAGAAAGUCCACCAGUGGUAUUCCCAUCUCCAGUGGUGGAUACAAUGUGAAUGGGAAUCUGACUCGCGUAGACCCAGAAACCAGACACAAUAAGUCGAUGAGUACUGGCAAUUUGGUGGAGCAGAAGUUGAAGUUGGAUCAAAGUCAGAAUUUGAUGCUUCCUCAGGAACAUCACGACAAGCAAGUGCAAAAUGACCAACCCCCAGGACCAGCUGCCAAACCGUUGGGUGCAGUAAGCAAAACCGAUGAUUUGCACAACCACAAUAUAUCUAAGAAGAAAAAAAAGGGCCUUUUUAGGUAAAUGGAGAACCCGCAUGUGGCUGCAAAUACCUCCUGCCAACUGCAAAUUGGUGCCUAUGAUCAAUUUGCACCAUCGAAGAACUCUAGGUAAUUGUAUAUAAAUCUAUGAAUAACCGACAUUGAACCU